AUGAGAAUUUUCAUUUAUUUGCUGCCGUACUGUCGUUUUAUUUUCUCCCUCUCCCUAUCUCUCUCUGCAAUUGUGUGUGUCGUUGUUCUGUAUCUUUUUGUAGCAUUACUGUCUCCUUUUUUGUGUGUAUGUGGGUAUGUUUUGUUUGGUUUUGUUUUUAUUGCUCCAUGCUCUCUUUGCAGUUCCCCCACUAAAUCACUCCUUAAGCCACUUGACGGCGUGCAUAUGCAAGCGAACGGGGCGAGUCUCUCGGAGAAGACGGAGUCCUCAGGAAAUGCCGCCACUCUGACGUACUCUGUGGCCCCGCACCCUUUUAGCUACCAGACCCUUUUUGCCAUUGUCAUGGUUUCCGUUUCGGCGAAUCAAGGAACGUUGGGCAAUCUGAAAUCUUGGAUGAGGCGUGUCCAGGACUACUCCAAAAAAGGGCGUAUUAAAUGGUCUCAAGUAGCCUUUACGCACUGCUUUUCGCGUCAACUGGAAGUCAGAAGGAGCUGUGUUGUGGCGAGUGUGUCAUGUGCACUCCUCUCACAUGGCGAACGGCACUGGGGUGUACUGUGGGCGACGUCACAUGGUCUGUAUUUCAGAAGUGUGGUGGAAAAUGAAAUUUUUGGCUCCAUUUUCAAGGAAAAGAGCGAGAAGAAAAUGACGAUGGAUAAAUUGGAGGAUAAUGAAAAGACAUGGGGAGAUGAAUCAUUGGCCUUGAAGGAGGUUUUGUCUUUCAAGGACGUCGUCUCACUGCUUCCCUCCAUAGCACUUGAAGUAGUCGAUGAUGGUCCGCCGUACGUGAUGGGUAUACCGAAUCCUAUCGUGAGGCCAAACACCUUGCAAGUCUUUACAGUCUCUCCGAAUCAGAUCUACCAGUUUGUGCACAUGCACGAUCUGACAGUGAUUCCACCCUCGAGUUCCACUGUCAUGGGAGAUACAUCCGAAAAAAUGUUGCUAAAGCAUGAGUAUGAUGUAAUUAGAAACUUUCCUAGUGAAUUUGAUGCCGUUACGUUUUGUGCCUUAACAGAGCGGCUCUGGGAAGCUCGUCUAAAGGCGUUGCAAAUCCCGCUUUGCCGAGAUGGCGUCACAUAUGCUGCCAGACACUGA